UAUGGCGUCUACUGAACCGUCUUCUAAAAUCCUAUAUACAUUGCUUUUUCUUGCCUCAUCUGGAGCCAGUAUUGGCUAUUCAGCCGUAUGGAGUGAAGCAGCAAUUCUGGCCGAAAGGCUACCGGAAGGACGUUAUGUAUCUAUAUGCCUUUUCAUCCUCUUCAACAUAUCAAAUGGUUUAGCUUUGCUUUAUUGCCUGAUUUCAUUGAAAACAAAGUCGGCUUCAGCUUGUCAACUAAUCACAUGCUUAGGACUUUCGAGCAUUUCGUCAACUGUUCUCGGGUUUUUUUGGAACCAGACUUUAAAAAUUCGAGAAACUCAAAUCUCCUUAACUGCUUGGUGCUGCAUUUUAAUUAUUUUCACCACCGCUUCAUUGCACUCUGUAGCUGCUCCGUUAUUUUGUUGGCGUUUACGAGCGUCGAAUUCGAUAACUGCUGUAUUGGCUGGCGAAUGGUUCGGUUUAGUUAUUGGUCACGUGAUGAUAAUAGGACAGAAAAUUGAAAAAUGUGGACAGAAGCAGAAGGAAAUCGUUAAGCUUAAUUCAACAUUGUUGAAAGACUCUCGCACGGACACACUGAGAUUUAACGUUAACCUUUAUAUGUUCUUAACCGCUGCACUAACUGUAGUUGGCGGAAUCGCAAUAAUAUUGGCAACAAAUUUGAAAUGCUUAUCAAAGUAUUACGAGGAUAACAGAAGAGAAAGCGUGCUUAUUUUAGAUGAUGAUAGUAUCCGACAUACAACGCCUAGAAAGCAAAAGAAGCCAAGAGAGACGCCAAAACUUCUCUUAUUAUUAAUUAUAUCCUUUUGGUCAAAAUUUGUUAAUGAUGGACCAUUGUCAUCAGUUCUUUCUCCUGCUUCAUGCCCCUAUUUAUUUUUUUCUACAAAGACUCUUAUCGUUGGAACUAUAGGUUCCCCCUCUGCCUGCUUUUUAGCCAUGCUUUUACUCCGUCUACUGCCACCACGUUCAAAAAUGGCGUCUUUUAUUUCUUUACCCUGCUUGGGAACUAUACUAUUGGCUUAUUUUGUCGCUCUAGCCGCAUUUUCAUCCAGGAGUGCAGUAGAUUCGGCAUUAUUUACAGGGAGUGGACAAAUUUUAACAAGUGUUGCAUGGGCCACAGUAGCUUGCUUGUUGGAAUACGGCAGAGGAGGAGUGUUUCUAUUUUGUAGAAAACUAAGCAUGAAAUAUUUAAUAUUUGUCGUUCUAGCAAGUUUAUUGGGAAGAAUAAUGGGUUCUUACAGUUUCCUGGAAGAUUUUACAGUCUGUAGAUUAUACAAUACGAAUAAAAAGGCUCUUUGUUAA